AUGUGGGGGCUGCUGAUAUGGACGCUGCUGGCCCUGCACCAGAUCUGUGCGACCGGAGCCCAAGAUGACGUGGCCCCCUAUUUCAAGACAGAGCCCGUGCGGACGCAGGUGCACCUGGAGGGGAACCGCCUGGUGCUCACGUGCAUGGCUGAGGGCAGCUGGCCCCUGGAGUUCAAGUGGCUCCACGACAACCGCGAGCUGACCAAGUUCUCCCUGGAGUACAGGUACAUGAUCACCAGCCUGGACCGCACCCACGCGGGCUCCUACCGCUGCAUCGUGCGGAACCGGAUGGGCGCCCUGCUGCAGCGGCAAACUGAGGUCCAGGUGGCCUACAUGGGGAGCUUUGAGGAAGGCGAGAAGCACCAGAGUGUCUCCCACGGAGAAGCAGCUGUCAUCCGUGCCCCACGCAUUGCCAGCUUCCCACGGCCACAGGUGACCUGGUUCCGGGACGGCCGCAAGAUCCCGCCCAGCAGUCGCAUAGCCAUCACCCUGGAGAAUACCCUCGUCAUCCUGUCGACGGUGGCUCCCGACGCAGGCCGCUACUACGUGCAGGCUGUUAAUGACAAGAACGGGGAUAACAAGACCAGCCAGCCCAUCACUCUUGCCGUGGAGAAUGUCGGGGGGCCUGCAGACCCCAUUGCCCCAACCAUCAUCAUUCCUCCCAAGAACACUAGCGUGGUGGCUGGGACCUCGGAGGUGACCAUGGAGUGUGUGGCCAACGCCAGGCCCCUGAUCAAGCUGCACAUCAUCUGGAAGAAAGACGGGGUUCCUCUGUCGAGCGGAAUCAGCGACUACAACCGCCGGCUGACCAUCCCCAGCCCCACGGGCAGCGACACCGGCUACUACGAGUGCGAGGUGGUCCUGCGCAGCAGCAGCGUGCCCGCCGCCGUCCGCGGGGCCUACUUGUCUGUGCUGGAACCACCUCAGUUUGUCAAGGAGCCGGAGAGACACAUCACAGCGGAGAUGGAGAAAGUGGUGGACAUUCCCUGCCGGGCCAAAGGCGUACCACCACCCUCCAUCACCUGGUACAAGGACGCGGCCGUGGUGGAGGUAGAUAGGCUGAGCCGCUUCCGGCAGCGUGGCGACGGGGGACUGCAGAUCAGCGGGCUGGUGCCCGACGACACGGGCAUGUUCCAGUGCUUUGCCCGCAACGCAGCCGGCGAGGUGCAGACCUCCACCUACCUUGCUGUCACCAGCAUCGCCCCCAACAUCACCAGGGGCCCCUUGGACAGCACAGUGAUCGAUGGCAUGUCGGUGGUGCUGGCUUGCGAGACUUCGGGGGCACCCCGGCCAGCCAUCACUUGGCAGAAAGGGGAGCGUAUCCUGGCCAGCGGCUCGGUCCAGCUGCCACGCUUCACGCUGCUGGAGUCGGGCAGUCUGCUCGUCAGCCCCACGCACAUCUCCGAUGCCGGGACCUACACCUGCUUGGCCACCAACUCUCGGGGGGUCGACGAAGCCUCAGCUGACCUGGUUGUGUGGGCCCGGACCCGCAUCACCAAGCCUCCCCAGGACCAGAGUGUCAUCAAGGGAACCCAGGCCUCCAUGGUGUGCGGAGUGACCCAUGACCCCCGGGUGACCGUCAGGUACGUCUGGGAGAAGGACGGGGCCGCCCUGGGCACGGAGAGCAGCCCCCGCAUCCGUCUCGACAAAAACGGCUCCCUGCACAUCUCGCAGACGUGGUCGGGGGACAUCGGCACGUACACCUGCCGGGUGCUGUCCGCGGGAGGCAAUGACUCUCGCAGUGCCCACCUGCGUGUCCGGCAGCUGCCUCACGCCCCCGAGCACCCUGUGGCGACCCUCAGCACCACAGAGAGACGGGCCAUCAACCUGACGUGGGCCAAGCCCUUCGACGGCAACAGCCCCCUGCUCCGCUACAUCCUGGAGAUGUCGGAGAACAAUGCCCCCUGGACGGUGCUCCUGGCCAGUGUGGACCCCGAGGCUACCUCGGUGAUGGUCAAGGGCCUGGUGCCGGCACGCUCCUACCAGUUCCGCCUUUGUGCAGUCAACGACGUGGGGAAGGGACAGUUCAGCAAGGACACGGAGAGGGUCUCCCUCCCCGAGGAGCCCCCCACAGCCCCCCCGCAGAAUGUCAUCGCCAGCGGCCGGACCAAUCAGUCCAUCAUGAUCCAGUGGCAGCCGCCUCCCGAGAGCCACCAGAAUGGCCUUCUCAAGGGCUAUGUCAUCAGGUACUGCCUGGCCGGGCUGCCCGUCGGGUACCAGUUUAAGAACAUCACAGAUGCUGACGUCAACAAUCUGCUCCUGGAGGACCUCAUCAUCUGGACCAACUACGAGAUUGAGGUGGCCGCCUACAACAGCGCCGGGCUGGGUGUCUACAGCAGCAAAGUUGCCGAGUGGACACUGCAGGGAGUCCCCACUGUCCCUCCUGGCAACGUGCAUGCAGAAGCCACCAACUCCACGACCAUCCGCUUCACCUGGAAUGCCCCCAGCCCCCAGUUCAUCAACGGCAUCAACCAGGGCUACAAGCUGAUUGCCUGGGAGCCCGAGCAGGAAGAGGAGGUUACCAUGGUGACUGCCCGGCCCAACUUCCAAGACAGCAUCCACGUGGGUUUCGUGUCCGGCCUGAAGAAGUUCACCGAGUACUUCACCUCCGUUCUCUGCUUCACCACUCCCGGCGAUGGGCCUCGAAGCACCCCCCAGCUGGUGCGCACCCAUGAGGAUGUGCCGGGUCCUGUGGGACACCUGAGCUUCAGUGAAAUCCUGGACACAUCCCUGAAGGUCAGCUGGCAAGAGCCGGGAGAGAAGAAUGGCAUCCUCACAGGAUAUCGGAUAUCCUGGGAGGAGUACAACCGAACCAACACCCGCGUGACCCACUACCUACCCAACGUGACCCUGGAGUACCGCGUCACGGGCCUCACCGCGCUCACCACCUACACCAUCGAGGUGGCUGCCAUGACCGCCAAGGGCCAGGGCCAGGUGUCUGCGUCAACCAUCUCCUCUGGGGUGCCUCCAGAACUCCCCGGGGCCCCCACCAACCUGGGUAUCUCCAACAUCGGCCCCCGCUCUGUGACCUUGCAGUUCAAGCCGGGCUACGACGGGAAAACCUCCAUCUCCCGCUGGCUGGUGGAGGCCCAGGUAGGCGUGGUCGGGGAGGGAGAGGAGUGGCUGCUGGUUCAUCAGCUCACCAACGAGCCGGACGCCCGCUCCAUGGUGGUGCCUGAGCUCAACCCCUUCACCUACUACAGCUUCCGAAUGCGCCAGGUGAACAUCGUGGGCACCAGCCCCCCCAGCCAGCCUUCUAGAAAGAUCCAGACCCUCCAGGCACCCCCUGACAUGGCCCCCGCCAACGUGACCCUGCGCACGGCGAGUGAGACCAGCCUAUGGCUCCGCUGGAUGCCUCUCCCGGAGAUGGAAUACAAUGGGAACCCCGAGUCGGUGGGCUACAAGAUCAAAUACAGCCGGGCAGACGGCCACGGCAAGACGCUGAGCCACGUGGUCCAGGACCGUGUGGAGCGUGAGUACACCAUCGAAGACCUGGAGGAGUGGACAGAGUAUCGCGUCCAGGUCCAGGCCUUCAAUGCCAUCGGGAGCGGGCCCUGGAGCCAGACGGUGAUGGGCAGGACCCGGGAGUCAGUUCCGUCCUCUGGCCCCACUAACGUGUCUGCACUGGCCACCACCUCCAGCAGCAUGCUAGUGCGCUGGAACGAGAUCCCAGAGGCCGACCGAAAUGGGCUUGUGCUGGGCUACAAGGUGAUGUAUAAGGAGAAGGACUCAGAUUCCCAGCCCCGGUUCUGGCUGGUGGAAGGGAACUCCUCCCGCAGUGCCCAGCUCACGGGCUUGGGCAAGUACGUGCUCUACGAGGUCCAGGUGCUGGCCUUUACGCGCAUUGGGGAUGGCAGCCCCAGCCACCCCCCCAUCCUGGAGCGGACGCUGGAUGAUGUCCCAGGACCACCCAUGGGCAUCCUCUUCCCAGAGGUAAGGACCACAUCCGUGCGACUGAUCUGGCAGCCCCCCGCUGCCCCCAACGGCAUCAUCCUUGCCUACCAGGUCACCCACCGGCUCAAUGCCACCACGGCCAACACGGCCACCGUGGAGGUGCUGGCACCCAGCGCCCGCCAGUACACAGCCACCGGCCUCAAGCCAGAGUCCGUCUACCUGUUCCGCAUCACGGCCCAGACCCGCAAGGGCUGGGGAGAGGCCGCCGAGGCCUUGGUGGUGACCACCGAGAAGAGAGACCGCCCCCAGCCCCCCAGCAAACCGGUGGUGCAGCAGGAAGACGUGAAGGCGCGCAGCGUGCUGCUGUCCUGGGAGCCGGGAAGCGACGGGCUGUCCCCCGUGCGCUACUACACGGUCCAGACCCGCGAGCUGCCCGGUGGCCGGUGGGCGCUGCACUCGGCCUCCGUGAGCCACAACGCCUCCGCUUUCAUGGUGGACAGGCUCAAGCCUUUCACAUCCUACAAGUUCCGCGUGAAGGCAACCAAUGACAUUGGGGACAGCGAGUUCAGCGAGGAGUCGGAGCCGCUGACCACUCUGCAGGCCGCACCCGACGAAGCACCCACCAUUGUGUCGGUGACGCCCCACACGACCACCUCCGUGCUGAUCCGAUGGCAGCCCCCAGCAGAGGACAAGAUCAACGGCAUCCUCCUGGGCUUCCGGAUCCGGUACCGGGAGCUGCUGUACGAGGGGCUGAGGGGCUUCACGCUGCGUGGCAUCAACAACCCGGGGGCCAAGUGGGCUGAGCUUACCUCCAUGUACGCUGUGCGGAACCUGAGCCGGCCCAGCCUCACGCAGUACGAGCUGGACAAUCUGAACCAACACCGGCGGUAUGAGAUUCGAAUGAGCGUGUACAAUGCCGUGGGGGAGGGACCCUCAAGCCCCCCCCAGGAAGUCUUCGUUGGGGAAGCCGUGCCCACUGCGGCACCCCGUAAUGUGGCUGUCCACGGUACCACGGCCACACAGCUGGAUGUGACAUGGGAGCCACCACCGCUGGAGAGCCAGAAUGGAGACAUCCAGGGCUACAAGAUUUAUUUCUGGGAAGCCCAGCGUCGCAACCUCACAGAGCGGGUGAAGACACUUUUCCUGGCCGAGAACGGCGUGAAGCUGAAGAACCUGACCAGCUACACUGCCUACAUGGUCAGCGUGGCCGCCUUCAAUGCCGCGGGGGACGGGCCUCGGAGUCCCCCCACCCGAGGCCAGACACAGCAAACAGCUCCCAGUGCUCCCAGCUCGGUCAAAUUCAGUGAGCUGACAACAACCUCGGUGAACGUGUCCUGGGAGGCCCCGCAGUUCCCCAACGGUGUCCUGGAGGGUUACCGGCUGGUGUAUGAGCCCUGCACCCCAGUGGACGGUGUCAGCAAGAUCGUGACAGUGGAUGUGAAGGGUAACAGCCCUCUAUGGCUGAAGGUGAAGGACCUGGCGGAGGGGAUGACCUACAGGUUCCGCAUCAGAGCCAAGACCUUCGCCUACGGGCCGGAGAUCGAGGCCAACGUCACCACCGGCCCAGGAGAGGGUGCCCCUGGACCACCUGGAGUGCCCAUCAUCGUGCGGUACAGCUCUGCCAUCGCCAUCCACUGGUCCAGCGGAGACCCGGGCAAGGGACCCAUCACCCGCUAUGUCAUAGAGGCCAGGCCAUCAGACGAGGGGCUAUGGGACAUCCUCAUCAAAGACAUCCCCAAGGAGGUGACCUCCUACACGUUCAGCAUGGACAUCCUGAAGCCAGGCGUGAGCUACGACUUCCGGGUCAUCGCCGUUAAUGACUACGGCUUCGGUACCCCCAGCAGCCCCUCCCAGUCUGUGCCAGCCCAGAAGGCCAACCCUUUCUACGAGGAGUGGUGGUUCUUGGUGGUCAUUGCCCUCGUGGGCCUCAUCUUCAUCCUCCUCCUGGUCUUCGUGCUCAUUAUCCGAGGCCAGAGCAAGAAGUACGCCAAGAAGACAGACUCUGGGAACAAUGCCAAGUCUGGUGCCCUCGGCCACGGGGAGAUGAUGAGCUUGGAUGAAAGCAGUUUCCCUGCUCUGGAACUCAACAACCGGAGGCUGUCCGUCAAGAAUUCCUUCUGCCGGAAGAACGGCCUGUAUACCAGGUCACCUCCCCGGCCCAGCCCAGGCAGCCUCCACUACUCUGACGAGGACGUCACCAAGUACAAUGACCUCAUCCCGGCAGAGAGCAGCAGCCUGACUGAGAAGCCCUCAGAAAUCUCCGACUCUCAGGGAAGCGACAGCGAGUACGAGGCCGACCAGACCCACCAGAAGGCCCACUCUUUUGUCAACCACUACAUCAGCGACCCCACGUACUACAACUCGUGGCGGCGGCAGCAGAAAGGCAUCUCGCGGGCCCAGGCGUACAGCUACACGGAGAGCGACUCAGGCGAGCCGGACCACGGCCCCGGGGCCAACAGCGGCAGCGCCCCGCAGGGCAGCCUCUUCCGGCCCAAGGCCAGUCGGACCCCAACGCCCCAGAACCCCCCAAACCCCCCGAGUCAGCAGAGCACCCUCUACCGCCCCCCCAGCAGCCUCACCCCCGGCUCCCGGGCUCCUAUAGCAGGAUUUUCCUCGUUCGUUUGA